AUGGCUGCUCCACCAAACUCAAAAGAAGGAUACUCGAUGAUAACACUACCACGGGUAAAUGAUGAGUCCGACAUGGAAAAUUUCACCGGCAAGUUUCAAAGGAUGAUCAGAAGGGACACAAGAUCCAUCAAAAGGAAUUUUAUUCCCAAGCAAGCUUGCGAUGAAUAUGAGUCAAUCGUCUCGCUUAUGGCCAAGUCAGAUCCAGAUAGUGAAGAUGAGAAAGUCAAGAAUGAAACAGAUGGAAGAGGUGGGAGUGUAUCCUCUGGAAACUGUAAGAAGGGGUUCAUUCUUGGAGUAGACAACGUUGGGAAGACACUUGCUCAUGCCAUAGAAAAUGUAUACUUCGUAAAUGGUCUGAAGUAUAGCCUGUUAAGCGUGUCUCAAAUCUGUGAUAGGCGAAAUGAAGUCAAGUUCCUGCCUUGCUCUUGCACAGUCACAAGUCUCAAAACUGGUGAAAUGGUUCUGGUUUCCAAGAGAUUCAAAAAUGUAUAUGUCACAGACUUUGGCUCCCAAGACAGAAGUGAUUUGACCUAUCUGAGUGCGAUUGAAGAAGAUCCUGAGCUCUGGCAUAGAAGACUAGGGCAUGCAAGCUUUUUGUUAUUAAACAAACUCGCUGUGAAAGACCUGGUUCGUGAAUUACCAAAGGUAAAGUUAAAGGAUCACAAUGCUUGCAUAAGAAGGAAGCAGUUCGAUAAUUUCUGUAUUGAAAAUGGUAUCAGUCACAAUUUUUCUGCCCCUAGAACACCUCAACAAAAUGGUGCUGUGGAGCGAAAAAACAGAACUCUUGAAAAUAUGGCUAGAACAAUGUUAAUAGCCAGUUGGGUGACCAAAAGUUUCUGCGCGGAAGCCGUGAACACUACUUAUCAUGUAAUAAACAGAUGUAUGAUCAGGUCUCUACUUGAAAAAACUCCAUACGAGCUGUUAAAUGGAAGAAAGCCCAAGUUGACUUACUUAAGAGCUUUUAGCUGCAAAUGCUUUAUACUCAACAACAACAAGGAAGCUCUAGGAAAAUUUGAUGCCAAAAGUGAUAAGGGUAUCUUCCUCGAGUAUUCUUCUUAUAGCAAAGCAUACAAAGUCUACAACAAAAGGACACAAACUGAGGAGGAAAGUGUACAUGUAAUUUUCGAUGAGUCUAGCUGUCAAGGGGAUAUAAGGGUUACUCAUGAUGAAGAGGAAGAUGGAGUUUUCCCAAAAUUUCUAGAUAAAGACAUUGAAAUCUCCAAUGAGAAGACUGAGCUGAUGAAUCAAAUCAAAUUAGUCGAUGAAGAAAAUGUUGAUAAUUCUCAAUAG